AUGUUGUUCUCGAUAUGGGCACUGAGUGUGCUGCCUGAAGUCUUUGCCACCACACCAACUCUGACAGGCUUUGAAAAAAACGUGCAAUGGCAGCCCUGUUUCGACGAGAAGAUACCUCUAUUCUGUGCCAACCUGUCCCUCCCGGUGGAUUGGAACAAGCCUGAUGGCGAGCACUUUGAUCUAUUCAUCAGCAAGAUAGCUGCCAAAAAGCAGGAUGCCAAAAUUGGAAACCUCUUUUUCAAUCCUGGAGGCCCAGGUGACGGCCCAGGCAAAAAAUUGCAGCAGUCUGACAAAGCACCGUACAGCUACAAUAACUGGGACCACAACCCCCUCACAGACCAUUUCGAUUUCAUUGCGAUCGAUCCACGAGGGACUGGAAACUCCCGUCCCGUUCUUUGUGACCCGGAAGUGUGGCGAAAGGAGACCAGAUUCUUCCCUCAAACGGAAGAUGAGUUUAAUCGCCUCAAAUCUCAGCUGGAAGCGAUGGGCCAGAGCUGCUAUAACCAAACGGGCGACUGGUUGCGAUACGUCGAUACGGCAAGCAGCGCAAAGGAUAUCGAGGCGGUUCGUAUCGCUCUUGGUGGCGAGCCUAUGAGUUUCUUGGGCACGUCUUAUGGUACACAGCUGGGUGCACAAUAUGCGGAGCUAUUCCCUGGAAAUAUCCGUGCCAUGGUACUGGACGGCGUUCUCGAUCACUCAGAGCUGGACCCAUUUGAUAGUUGGGUGCAAGAAAGUGCAGGCUAUGAGAUGGUUGCAGAAGGAUUUUUUGAAUGGUGCGAAGGGGCCGGACGCAGCUGUGUGUUGAGCGGUGUGGACAACCUGCCGGCAUGGUUCGACAAUCUCAUCGAUCGCCUUAACGAGCAGCCGAUCGAAUUCCUUUCUCCCGAGCCAUGCAAUGGCAGUUCGAUUGAUUGCGGCAACAGAGUUCAUGGUGACAAGGUCACGGAACAACUAGCCAACUUGAUUGCCUUCCCAAACGUUGGUCCUACUUGGCAGGAAACUGCAUUCCAUCUGACUAUGCUCGAAUCUCGAGGUACGCCAGGCAGGUUCCAAGAAUCUCCAAGGCGCGAAGGAAACUCGUCGGAAUCGUACUCGUUCGUUGCGAUCAUCUGUGCCGAUGCAAUCUCGGAACAGACAAAACCCGAUUAUGCCACAAUCAGUAAGAGAGUGGAAUACGCAAGAUCGUCCUUCCCACAUACACGAGGUAACACCGGCUCGUGGGUACGUCUCACCUUCUGCCCUUUCUGGCCCGUACCAUCCAACAACCCACCGCAUGAGAUCACGGCUUUCAAAGAUGGCAGCUCGAAGCUCACUACCCCCAUUUUGAUUGUGAAUGCAUACCAGGACCCUCUGACGCGCUACGACGCAGCCGUAAACGUACAGCGUCAAUUCGGUGACGCGAACGCGGUUUUGUUGAGCAGGGACGGGUUUGGACAUCUGAGCGAACCAUUCCCAGGAGCAGUGAGCGAUGCAAUAUAUGACUAUCUCAUCGACCUCAAAGUCCCGGCCCCUGGUACCGUCUUGAAAAAUCUUGGCUUGUAA